AAGUCAUUUCGUGUUUAGAGCUCAUAGUCAUGUAUUUCCCAUUCCUAUAGCUCGUGCAUAAUCGUAGUAAAAAAAGUUCAGGUUAUCAAUUUAGAUUAGGUAGCACAUACUUAAAAGAAAGUGCGAAAAACAAUUCACAUAGUUGUGCACCGAGUAAAAUUGUUGCAUGACACUAUCGUCCACUCUCGUCCACUGUCGUCCAUUGUCGUCCACUGUCAACCUUACCUGCCGAAGUUCCAACAAAACUUAGUAAAUUUAAUUACCAUCAAAUUACCUAUUACCCAAAAAGGGAAAGAACAGAGAUUUUUUCUUGUGUGCUACUACAUACUAUAAACCAGUAAUCCUAACUAAACAACUUAGAAAGACAUUUAAAGUCAACUGUGUUUUAAAAUUUGAAUCAAAAGUUCCUUGAAGAAUGUCAUUUUUUUCCCAGUUAGCCUCAGCAGUGGCCACCAACUUAGUUAAUUCAUUGACAUCUUCCAAUACCAUUGACCCAGUAAAGGUUAUUGAAGUCUCUUCCUCUUCACUUGUAACUAGAAGUGUUUGUAAAAGAGAUCAAUGUUUAGUACUGUAUGGUAAAGGUGUAGGUACAAAUGCUGGCUUUGAGCUAAUCAUGACAGGCAGUAGAGACAAAGUUUACAGUCUUUGCAGGUCUGCUGAAGUAACAUAUGUGGAACACCAUUUUGAAAUGGCUAGAGAUAAACUUCCAUACCUUACAAGAAUAUCAAUUGAGCUGUGUGUUCUUCCCCAGCUGCAAGAUGUGUGGUCUCUUAUAACAACUAAUCCGUGCUGGACUGCUGCACACAUAGUUGCCCACUAUGGUCUACAAGAAGGCUUGAAAGAGCCGUCAUUUUUGGCUCUGCUGUGUAUCAGUGAUGAAUCUACUAGAAUGACGCCGAUGCAUGUGGCAGCCAAAAACGGGAAAGCCGACUUCAUCAAGGCUGCAAUUGCUGCCAUGUCUGGAAAUGCCCAGUUCGAUGCUAAAGAUGCUAAAGGAAACACUGUGUACCAUUACGCGGCAAUGGCAAACAAAGAAACAGUCGAGGCGUUAGCUUUUUGCGCUUUAGAUGGAACGAUUAACUCCAGGAAUAAGGAAAAUCUGACGCCGCUCCAUCUAGCCUGUCAGGCUGAUAAACCCGAUUGCGUUAAAGCACUUAUAGCUGCCGGGGCAAAUAUCAACGUGGCCAGCAACGAAGAAGGCUCUAUCGUUCAAACUGCGGUUGCGAAUAGUUUUGCGUGUGCUAAAGAAAUUCUUACUGCCUUCCCGAAUCAGCUUCAUGUUAAAGAUAUGAAAAAUGGUGGCACACCUUUGCAUUGGGCUACCACUAAAGAAGUUGUCUUGGCUCUGGUAGAACUUGGAUGCAGUAUCGACGCUCGCAACUUUAGUGGUCAUACCGCUUUGCACGUGAUGGUACAGAGAGAUCGAUUUGAGUGUGUCGUAGCUCUUUUGACUUGUGGAGCCGAUCCUAAUUUAGUGGAUUCUAGUGGAAAUUCACCACUUCAUUUAGCUUCUAGUUCUGCAAGCCUGUUAAUAAUUCAGGCUUUGUUAGUAUUCGGAUCGGAUGUGAAUAUUCUGAACGAUCGGGCUGAAUCCCCACGCCAUAUAGUCGCUGGAAGGGGUUCUAGUAGUGGUCCAGCAUUACUCUACUGUCUUCAUGCUGUCGGAGCAAAACGGUGUUCUCAGAAGACACCGAAAUGUGUAGAUGGAUGCAGUCCUACUGGGAAAGAUGAUGGGCAGUCAUCUUGUGCUGAUCAAAUUCCACGUUCGCGUCACCUGUUUGAUGCCAUGCUUCAUCAGGUUUGCCAACAUUCCGCAACGGCUAAUCAAGCACCGAAAUCAAUUGUUGGCGGACGUGUUUUGUGUUUAGAUGGCGGAGGGAUUCGUGGUUUGAUCCUUAUCCAAAUGUUGGAAGCUCUGGAGUUAAUACUUGGCGGUCCAGUUAUCCAGCAUUUUGAUUGGAUCUCUGGAACUAGUACAGGAGGGAUUCUUUCACUAGCAUUAGCAUGCGGAAAAUCCGUUCGUGAAUGUAAAUCGAUGUAUUUUCGCUUUAAAGACCAAGUUUUCAUCGGUAAGCGACCUUAUAACGCUGAUUUUUUGGAGGGAUUCCUGAGAACCGAAUUUGGCGAGCGAACUAUGGCAGAUAUCACUGGUCCUAAAUUAUUUGUCACUGCCGUGAUUGCGGACAUGAUUCCCGCUGAUCUACAUAUAUUUCGGAAUUAUACGUCACCACAGGAUCUGCUGAGUCUACCUGAAGCAACGGUAUCUAAAAAACCCGAAGAACAGAUGGUAUGGCAAGCUGCUCGGGCUUCUGGGGCGGCACCUACUUAUUUCAGAGCUUUCGGAUCGUUUCUUGAUGGAGGCCUGAUUGCAAAUAAUCCGACCUUGGAUGUAUUGACUGAAAUACAGGAGUACAACUCGGUUAUGAACGCUUUGGGCGCAGGAAGUUCAACUCCACCGAUGUUGGUGGUUUCCCUCGGCACAGGUUGCAAACCCACUGAACAGGUGACUAGUAUUGAUGUUUUCCGCCCAGAAGGUUUGAUUGAUGCUGCUCGCUUAGCAUGGGGGGCAUCCGCCUUUUUAAAACUAUUGGUUGAGCAGGUGACCUCUACGGAUCGACGGGUGGUGGAUCGUGCAAGAAGUUGGUGUAGCAUGAUUGGAUGUGCUUAUUUUCGCCUUUCUCCCUGCUUAGAGAAAGAUAUCCCUUUGGAUGAAACGCGUAACGAACAAUUAAUCCCUAUGUUGUGGGAAACAAAAGCUUUUAUUCACAGUCACUCUGCCGACUUUAAAAAAAUUGCACAACUUCUGAAGGCUUAGUCAAUAAUAUUGAACGAUUUUCAUGUUCUCUCGUAUUAUAAAAUUUGAAAUUUAAAUUAAAGCGAGGUUUGUUUGUUCUGGUAAAGGUUCGAUUUGAAAACGAAAUACACUUUCAUUGCGUGAA